AUGAACAGCUACCACACCAUGAACAGCUACCACACCAUGAACAGCUACCACACCAUGAACAGCUACCACACCAUGAACACCAUGAACAGCAUGAACACCAUGAACAGCUACCACACCAUGAACAGCAUGAACACCAUGAACAGCUACCACACCAUGAACAGCAUGAACACCAUGAACAGCAUGAACACCAUGAACACCAUGAACAGCAUGAACACCAUGAACAGCAUGAACACCAUGAACAGCAUGAACACCAUGAACAGCAUGAACACCAUGAACACCAUGAACACCAUGAACACCAUGAACAGCUACCACACCAUGAACAGCAUGAACACCAUGAACACCAUGAACAGCAUGAACAGCAUGAACACCAUGAACAGCAUGAACAGCUACCACACCAUGAACAGCAUGAACAGCAUGAACACCAUGAACACCAUGAACACCAUGAACAGCUACCACACCAUGAACAGCAUGAACACCAUGAACACCAUGAACAGCAUGAACAGCAUGAACACCAUGAACACCAUGAACAGCUACCACACCAUGAACAGCAUGAACACCAUGAACACCAUGAACAGCAUGAACACCAUGAACACCAUGAACAGCAUGAACACCAUGAACACCGUGAACAGCAUGAACACCAUGAACACCAUGAACAGCAUGAACACCAUGAACAGCAUGAACACCAUGAACAGCAUGAACAGCUACCACACCAUGAACAGCAUGAACACCAUGAACAGCAUGAACAGCAUGAUAACCAUGAACACCAUGAACAGCAUGAACACCAUGAACAGCUACCACACCAUGAACAGCUACCACACUAUGAACAGCAUGAACACCAUGAACAGCAUGAACACCAUGAACAGCAUGAACACCAUGAACAGCUACCACACCAUGAACACCAUGAACACCAUGAACAGCAUGAACACCAUGAACAGCUACCACACCAUGAACAGCAUGAACAGCAUGAACACCAUGAACAUCAUGAACACCAUGAACAGCUACCACACCAUGAACAGCAUGAACACCAUGAACAGCAUGAACACCAUGAACAGCAUGAACACCAUGAACAGCAUGAACAACAUGAACAGCAUGAACAGCAUGAACACCAUGAACAGCAUGAACACCAUGAACAGCAUGAACAGCAUGAACACCAUGAACAGCAUGAACACCAUGAACAGCAUGAACAGCAUGAACAGCAUGAACACCAUGAACACCAUGAACAGCAUGAACACCAUGAACAGCAUGAACAGCUACCACACCAUGAACAGCAUGAACAGCAUGAACACCAUGAACACCAUGAACAGCAUGAACACCAUGAACAGCUACCACACCAUGAACAGCUACCACACCAUGAACAGCAUGAACACCAUGAACAGCAUGAACACCAUGAACAGCAUAAACACCAUGAACAGCUACCACACCAUGAACACCAUGAACAGCAUGAACACCAUGAACAGCUACCACACCAUGAACAGCAUGAACACCAUGAACAGCAUGAACACCAUGAACAUCAUGAACACCAUGAACAGCUACCACACCAUGAACAGCAUGAACACCAUGAACACCAUGAACAGCUACCACACCAUGAACAGCAUGAACACCAUGAACAGCAUGGACACCAUGAACAGCAUGAACAACAUGAACAGCAUGAACAGCAUGAACACCAUGAACAGCAUGAACACCAUGAACAGCAUGAACAGCAUGAACACCAUGAACAGCAUGAACACCAUGAACAGCAUGAACACCAUGAACACCAUGAACAGCAUGAACAGCAUGACCACCAUGAACACCAUGAACAACAUGAACACCAUGAACAGCUACCACACCAUGAACACCAUGAACACCAUGACCACCAUGAACAGCAUGAACACCAUGGACACCAUGAACACCAUGAACACCAUGAACAGCUACCACACCAUGAACAGCAUGAACACCAUGAACAGCAUGAACACCAUGAACAGCAUGAACACCAUGAACAGCUACCACACCAUGAACACGAUGAACAGCAUGAACACCACGAACAGCAUGAACACCAUGAACAGCUACCACACCAUGAACAGCAUGAACACCAUGAACACCAUGAACAGCAUGAACACCAUGAACAUCAUGAACACCAUGAACAGCUACCACACCAUGAACAGCAUGAACACCAUGAACACCAUGAACAGCUACCACACCAUGAACAGCAUGAACACCAUGAACAGCAUGAACACCAUGAACAGCAUGAACAACAUGAACAGCAUGAACAGCAUGAACACCAUGAACAGCAUGAACACCAUGAACAGCAUGAACAGCAUGAACACCAUGAACAGCAUGAACACCAUGAACAGCAUGAACAGCAUGAACACCAUGAACAGCAUGAACACCAUGAACAGCAUGAACACCAUGAACACCAUGAACAGCAUGAACAGCAUGACCACCAUGAACACCAUGAACAACAUGAACACCAUGAACAGCUACCACACCAUGAACACCAUGAACACCAUGACCACCAUGAACAGCAUGAACACUAUGAACACCAUGAACACCAUGAACAGCUACCACACCAUGAACAGCAUGAACACCAUGAACAGCAUGAACAGCAUGAACAGCAUGAACAGCAUGAACACCAUGAACACCAUGAACACCAUGAACAGCUACCACACCAUGAACAGCAUGAACACCAUGAACAGCAUGAACAGCAUGAACACCAUGAACAGCAUGAACACCAUGAACACCAUGAACAGCAUGAACAGCGUGGAGCGAAACUGUGCACAUACGCAGGUAGUGUGA